AUGAUUCCGCUCACUUCGUGUAGAGCUGUUUCCCGUGCGCUAUUCUCUGCACGCUCCUCACUUGUCUCCGCAUGCGUUCGCCAACGCAUGCCCUCGACUGUCAACACAGUCUCAAAAAGAGGAUACGCUGAGCAAUUCUCGCGAAGCAAGCCUCACAUGAACAUUGGAACCAUUGGUCACGUCGACCACGGUAAAACCACCUUGACUGCUGCUAUCACCAAGGUUCUUGCUGCCCAGGGAGGCGCCAAGUUCACCGACUACAACCAAAUUGACAAGGCACCUGAAGAAAAGGCUCGUGGUAUCACUAUCAACUCGUCACACGUCGAAUAUGAAACUGCUAAUCGCCACUAUGGUCACAUUGACUGCCCGGGACACGCUGAUUACAUUAAAAACAUGAUCACCGGUGCCGCCCAAAUGGACGGCGCCAUUAUUGUCGUAUCUGCUACGGAUGGUCAAAUGCCCCAAACUCGUGAACAUUUGCUCCUCGCUCGUCAAGUCGGUAUCAAGAAACUUGUGGUUUUCAUCAACAAGGUUGACCAAAUCUCGGACCCUGAAAUGCUGGAACUCGUGGACAUGGAAAUGCGUGAACUCUUGACUACCUAUGAUUUCGAUGGCGAAAACACCCCCAUCAUUAUGGGAUCUGCUCUUGCAGCUCUCGAGGGACGCGAUGAUGAACGUGGCAUGAACAAGAUUCUUGAGCUCACCAAGGCCUGCGAUGAAUGGCUUGACCAACCUGCACGUGACCUUGAGAAGCCUUUCUUGAUGCCUAUCGAAGAUGUUUUCUCCAUCUCUGGUCGUGGAACUGUUGCCACUGGACGCGUCGAGCGUGGUGUUGCUGCAAAGGGAUCUGACGUUGAAAUUAUUGGAUUUGGUUCUAACCUCAAGACAACUCUUACUGGCAUUGAAAUGUUCCACAAGGAACUCGACCGUGCCGAGGCUGGUGAUAACAUGGGUGCUUUACUCCGUGGUAUCAAGCGUGAGCAAAUCCGUCGUGGACAAGUCCUCGCUGUUGCUGGAACCAUCAAGGCUGCUAAGAAGUUCAAGGCACAGCUCUAUAUCCUCACCAAGGAUGAAGGUGGUCGCUACACUCCUUUCAUGGCUAACUACAGGCCCCAGUGCUUCAUCCGUACCGCCGAUAUCACUGCUUCCCUUACCUUCCCUGAAGGCACCCCUGAUGCCGAUGAGAAGAUGGUAAUGCCCGGUGACAACGUUGAGAUGGUUUGCAACCUUGUCUUCGACGUUGCACUUGAAGUUGGUACCCGAUUCACCCUGCGUGAGGCUAACAAGACCAUCGGAACUGGCCUUGUCACCGAAAUCCUCGAAUACGCGUAA